AGCCGCUCUAGGGCCGUUCUGUCCGGCGGCGGCGGCGCAAGAUGGCGGAGGAAGGCUCGGUGUGCAGCUUCGUCUUCAAGAAACGGGGAUUGGCGGCGGGUAGAGGCCGGCGGAAGCGGCCCAGCAGCGACCAGGAGCAGGAGAGCAGCGGUGAGGAGGGCAGCACGGUGGUGCGGAAGGAGCGGCGGCGGGAGGCUCCCAACCCAAUGAUCCAGAAGACCAGGAGGUGCACGAAGGAGCGGCCCUCGUACGCGCUGAGCAGCAGCGAUGAGGAUGAUCCAUCGAAGGAGAUCGGAGUCACUUACAGAUCAACAAGGUCGGCGAAACCUGUUGGCCCAGAAGACAUGGGGGCCACAGCAGUGUAUGAACUGGACACAGAGAAGGAUAAAGAUGCCCAGGCCAUCUUCGAGCGCAGCCAGAAAAUCCAGGAGGAACUGAGAGGAAAAGAAGAUGAUAAAAUUUACCGUGGUAUUAACAACUACCAGAAGUAUGUGAAGCCCAAAGACACAUCAAUGGGAAAUGCCUCUUCAGGAAUGGUCAGAAAAGGACCCAUCCGUGCUCCAGAGCACCUGCGGGCCACGGUGCGGUGGGAUUAUCAGCCAGACAUCUGUAAGGACUACAAAGAAACGGGGUUCUGCGGCUUUGGAGACAGCUGCAAAUUCCUCCACGACCGCUCAGACUACAAACACGGCUGGCAGAUAGAACGGGAACUGGAUGAAGGCCGCUAUGGAGUCAAUGAUGAAGAAAACUAUGAGGUGAGCAGUGAUGAGGAGGAUAUGCCUUUCAAAUGCUUCAUCUGCAGAAGUUCCUUCAAGAACCCCGUGGUCACCAAAUGUAGGCAUUACUUCUGUGAGAGCUGUGCCCUCCAGCACUAUCGCAAAUCCCAGCGCUGCUACGUGUGUGACAAGCAGACCAAUGGAGUCUUCAACCCAGCAAAAGAGCUCAUGGCAAAAUUGGAAAAACACAAAGGGGAGGAGGAAGAGGAGGGGGAGUCAGACCACUCAGACCAUGGAGAAGACCCGCAAUAGCAGAGCACUGUUUUGUAUGGAGCCAAAUAAAGUUUUCAUGGGAACAAA